AUGCCACCUGGGCCUGCGUUUGGAUGGCUUUGCGUUCUCCACUCAGUUACGGACAUUGCUGUUCGCGCAGCACAGAUCAGAACCUCCCAGGUUCUCCCUGCCAGACCUGUGGUCACGGCAUCCCCGGAGUUCUCUUUGCGCAAGAGCAAGGCAGAGGAGCAUGAUUUAAUGUCACAGCUUGCAGGUAAUGCUCAAGCUAAUCAUGAUCAUCCGAUGCCGCGCAUAAACCACGCGUUUUCUACCAACUCUCCAGUUCACAACACUUACCUGUCCCAUCUCGAGGAACAGCAAGAGGAGCUGACACCACUGCCGCCUCAAUUUGAAGACAAUGUCGCGCCUGAGCAGUUUCCGACAGCUGCUUAUACCCCUCUCUCCACCGAGCCUGCCUUGGAACCUCAACUAUCCGAUGAUCCCCGUCUUGCGGUCUCUCAUAUCCCACUUGGAGCGGAGGGUUCCUUGAGGAACGCGUCUUCUUCCGAACGUCAAGAACAAGCCCUGACUGCACCCAUAGACCCCGCCCCGAUACUUUCACGCAACCUCCAAUCAUCCAAGGUCCCUUCGUCCAAACUUGGCCGACUAUUUCACUAUGGCGGUCUUGCAGCAUCACUUUCGUACGGUGCAGCUUCCGAGCUCUUGCGUCGCUCUACCGCCUCCCAUGCCGACAAUACACAGCCAGUCAUGAUGACUGAAGCAAACAUAGCCCGCCUGGUGUCUAAGCUCUCCCAGAUGCGUGGUGCCGCACUGAAGGUCGGCCAGUUUAUGAGCAUCCAAGACAUCCACCUCCUACCCCCAGAAGUCGACAAGAUAUUCCGCCGCGUUCAGGAUAGCGCACACUACAUGCCGGACUGGCAGAUGCAACAAGUAUUGUGCACAUCUCUAGGCGAAUCAUGGGCCGAAAAUUUUACAUCGUUCGACCGUAUACCAUUCGCAGCUGCGAGUAUUGGUCAGGUACACCAUGCUGUCCUCGCUCCAAGCCGAAGUCUGUCUGGUGAAGACGGCCGACGCGUCGCUGUGAAGAUCCAGUUCCCGAACAUUGCCAACUCAAUCGCGAGCGACCUUGGCUACGUCAAGAUGCUUCUCACGGCUGGAAGCUUGCUUCCGCGGGGGCUGUUUCUAGACCGUACGAUUCAAGUGAUGAAAGACGAGCUUGCUGACGAAUGCGACUACUCGCGCGAGGCAAGUUUCCUGGAACGGUACGGGAGACUAGAUUGUCUUGGUGCAGACGCACGGUUCAAGGUCCCGUGGGUUUGGCCAGGUAGCACACAGCGCGUUCUUGUGAUGGAGUAUGUAGAAGGCGUGAGCAUUGGAGAUACUAUAGUCGGAGAUCUGCCACAGGAGGAGCGGAACGAGAUUGCAUCGCGAAUCAUCGAGCUUUGCUUGCGAGAGCUCUUCCAGUUCAGGUUCAUGCAGACAGACCCUAACUUCACGAAUUUCCUGUGGGACUCAAGGACACAACAGCUAUCCCUAGUGGACUUUGGCGCAACGCGCGAGUACACAAAAGAAUUCAUGGACAGCUGGCUACGCCUCCUUCAAGCUGCUGCAUCUGGAGACCGUACUGCAUGCGCAGAAUGGAGUCAGAACCUCGGAUAUCUCACUGGAGAGGAGGGUGAAGUCAUGCUUAAUGCGCACAUCGACUCCAUGGUCCUCCUGGCUACCCCCUUCAAACUCACGACCACACAGCCUUUCGCAUUUGGACCUGGGACACCAUGGGCGGAUAUUACAGCUCAAAUACGUGAACUUAUACCUGUGAUGCUCAAGCACAGGUUGACGCCCCCGCCGAAGGAAACGUAUAGUCUGAAUCGGAAACUGAGCGGGGCGUUCUUGCUUGCUUCGAGGUUGCGUGCUGUAGUAGACACCAAGAAGCUUUGGGACCAAGUUACUGAUUCGUACAAGUUUGGUUGA